AUGGCCAGCGAUGCAUCACGUUUUGCACGGGCCGCCAUCGACUGUGAGAAGACGUCGACCGAGGCCAUCGAUUGUGUGGAGAAACUGCUUGCUGGGCUGAAACAGGAUUCAGAUCGAGAUGGUAUUUCACUCCUUGAAGUGAAAAACCACGAUCUACUCGCCUAUUUGACGGAUAUGGCCUUUUUGAUGGAACGCAUGAGCAGUGGAGGUAGCAUUCAAGUUGGAGGAUCGGUCGAGAGGACAACAAAAUAUCGCACCGUACUUGAACGAAUCAAGCCGAUUGAGAAAAAAAUGGAGGCACAAAUCACAAAACUUGUUCAGGAAACCUCGUCAAAGCAAAAACCCAGUGUUUCCGUUGUUUCAGAAAAGGAGGGUGCAAAAGAAGGUGCAACGAGUGAAUCCGAAGUUGAAGAUGAGUCCGAAGCUAAUGAGGCACGAAAACGAGUGCCAACAAAGAUUCUGGCUGUUCAAAACACUGCUGAACGGGAUGCUGAAAGGAAGGAGAAACGUGUUGAGAAGAACAAAAAACGGGCGUUGCGAUCAACUCUCGUUCAGGAACUCAGGCAACAAUAUAGUGAAGCUCCCGUCGAAGAAUACAACGAUGUGAUUGGUUCAGACAGAGUACGACAGUUGGAUCGAGACAGAUUAGAG